AUGGCUCGCCAGAUUCUCGCCACCUGUGGAGCGACCGUGUGUUUCGACCGGCUCAUCCAGUACGUCCUGGACAAAAGGUUUUUUGCGCUCAUACUACGGCUGGGCUACGAUCGGCUGGUGGUGCAAUACGGCAAAACCGCCGCCGGCAGAGAAUUGGUGGAGAAACUGACGUCCGAGUAUACCGUGCACGACAACGUGUUCACGGUGAAUAGGCUCGAGGUACAAUUGCUGGCGUUCGACCCGGACAUUGUGAAAAAGUAUACCGCGCAGAGCGAUCUGGUGAUUUCUCACGGGGGCACCGGGUCCGUGCUGGACACGUUACGAUGCAACAAAAAACUUGUCGUGCUGAUCAAUACGGAGCUCGCAGACAACCACCAGCUCGAGAUUGCCGAGGCGUUUGAGCAGGAGGGAGUGCUGGAGUACGUGCGUGGGGGGUUUUCUGAAUUUUUGGAGGUUGUGGAAAGGGUCAAUUGCCGAGAAUUCGAGCCCCUGGCCAUCCCCGAGGGCAAGGUUGUGGAAAGAAUAAUCUGGAGCUAA